AUGGUUAUUCAAACAGCGUUUACGGCUGUCGAAGAAGAGGAGAACGCGAUAGGAAAAUACCGUAACGAAUAUAGUCGAUAUUAUCGGUUUAGAAAUCACUUAGCACUAAACGUAUACUAUCGUGAAAAUAACCUUUUUCCUAAGUCACUCCAAAUCGAUGUACCAAAACAAAAUUUUGGUGCGGAUGAUCCGAAACUUAGGCAACAAUGGUUAAAUAUUAUUCAAAACGCUAGUAAAGAUCUAUUGAAAUGCGAGGCACAAGCUAUCGAACGAACGAUUGCGGAAGCCGAAGCGAAAUGUGAAUUACUACGAGAGAAGUUGUGUGAAAUGAGAAAAGAACGAGAAAUGAUGGAUGUGGAAAGAGAGGAAAGUGUAAAAUUGAAAGAAACUAUUGAAAGCUCAUGGAACAAAGUAUUCCGUCUAGAAAUGCGAGAAAUAACUCCUCGGAAAACAAAAAAUGAAUCGUCGGAUGAUGUGACAUCUUCUUCGAUGCAAAAUAUAUUGGGGAGUAACGACCUGCCUAAUACUCAGAACGUUCCUCUUCAUGCGAAAUUGCAUCGUCCAAGAGUAUCAUGUUUUGGAUGUGGUAAGGAUGGUCACAUACAGUCGAGAUGUUUUGCGAUUUGCUCAUUUUGCAACGGACGAAAACAUUCCGAGGAAUUUUGUAAGAAAAUUAAAAAGGUAUCUCAACCAUCUUUAAUGGACACUUCUUGCGAUCCGAUGGUGGAUGAAUUGAAACGAAUAGGUCGUACGGAUGACUCGACACACGAUAAUGACCAUCCUUCACAUACUAACACGGAUUCUAACUAUUCAUUUAAUCAAAAUUCAACCAGACCGACUACCUCUGUACAAGCACAGUUACCUGCGUCUCGACGCUUCACUCACCGUCAUAUGUGGCGUAAUACAAACAAAUACGAUAGGAGUAGCAGUAAUGACAAUAGAAAGUUUCAUAUUCAAAAGAAUUAUAGCGUUACAUUUGAUAGUGAUACGGCUCCUAAUAGGAGUCGAUCUACCAGUAACUGA